AUGGUGAGCAAAAAGAAGAAGUUGAAGGCACAGAAGAGGAAGAUGGCAGAUUCAUGUGAAGACAUCAAUUUGAUCGAGGUUCCAUGUCACAGACGCAAAGUCGAAGACGAUGAUAUGGCUGUAGCAAAUGGAAAGGAGAACAAUAUGGACCAAAAAGAUGUUGAGGCCUUGCUUCCGACUCGCGAAUCCCUAGCUCAUCAACUCUUGGUGGCAGUCCGAGCCAAACACUUUGUAAUUUUGGAGGGUCCCAUAGGAUGCGGAAAGACAUUCUUGUACUCAUACAUAAGCAAAGAACUGCGGUUGCCACUCCGAACAAUGCAAAUGGGAGAUCAGAUUGACUCAAAGAGUUUGUUCGGAUAUUAUCAUUGCACAGAAGUGGCUGGGCAGUUUAUAUGGAAGACUUCAAACUUUUGCCAAUGGUUGAGCGAGCCAUGCUUGAUUUUGCUAGAAGAUAUUGACUCGGCUAAUGCCGAUGUAAUCUCCAAAAUUGUACAGUUGGCAUCUGAUAGACAUGUUACUAUUCCAACAGGAGAAGAAUUGACAUUCCAUGAAGAUGUCCGAAUAUGCGCCACAGUAAGCGGCAAAGGUAAGAAAAAUAGUGUGCUGAAUGGUGUGCCAGUUCGACUAUCCUUGAAUGAAUUGACAGAUGAAGAAUUGCGACGAUUAAUUGCGAAGGUUUGUUGUUUUUCUUCUUUCGGUCUGUAGUU